GGCGAGCGCCUCGGCGGGCGCGCGGGGCCAUGGUCCGGGCGCCCUGACGGGCCGCGGCCGCCUCCAUGAAGCGGAAGAGCGAGCGGCGGUCGACCUGGGCCGCCGCGCCCCCCUGCUCGCGGCGGGGCGCGUCCACCUCGCCGGGCGUGAAGAAGAGCCGCAGCUCCGCGCCGCAGGACCCGCGCCGCCCGGAGCCCGCGGACGACGUGUACCUGGACGUCACCGAUCGCCUUUGUUUUGCCAUUCUCUACAGCAGACCAAAGAGUGCAUCAAAUGUACAUUAUUUCAGCAUAGAUAAUGAACUUGAAUAUGAGAACUUCUACGCAGAUUUUGGACCACUCAAUCUGGCAAUGGUUUACAGAUAUUGUUGCAAGAUAAAUAAGAAAUUGAAGUCCAUUACAAUGUUAAGGAAGAAAAUUGUUCAUUUUACCAGCUCUGAUCAGAGAAAGCAAGCAAAUGCUGCCUUCCUUAUUGGAUGCUACAUGGUCAUAUAUUUGGGGAGAGCUCCAGAGGAAGCGUAUAGAGUGUUAAUCUUCGGAGACACAGCCUAUGUUCCUUUCAGAGAUGCUGCCUAUGGAAGCUGCAAUUUCUACAUUACGCUUCUUGACUGUUUUCAUGCAGUAAAGAAGGCAAUGCAGUAUGGCUUCCUUAAUUUCAACUCAUUUAACCUUGAUGAAUAUGAACACUAUGAAAAAGCAGAAAAUGGAGAUUUAAAUUGGAUAAUACCAGACCGAUUUAUUGCCUUCUGUGGACCUCAUUCAAGAUCCAGACUUGAAAGUGGUUACCACCAACAUUCUCCCGAUACUUAUAUUCAAUAUUUUAAGAAUCACAAUGUUACUACCAUUAUUCGUCUGAAUAAAAGGAUGUAUGAUGCCAAACGCUUUACGGAUGCUGGCUUUGAUCACCAUGAUCUUUUCUUUGCGGAUGGCAGUACCCCUACUGAUGCCAUUGUCAAAGAAUUUCUGGAUAUCUGUGAAAAUGCUGAGGGUGCCAUUGCAGUACAUUGUAAAGCUGGCCUUGGUCGCACGGGCACUCUGAUAGCCUGCUACAUCAUGAAGCAUUACAGGAUGACAGCAGCCGAGACCAUUGCGUGGGUCAGGAUCUGCAGACCUGGCUCGGUGAUUGGGCCUCAGCAACAGUUUUUGGUGAUGAAGCAAACAAGCCUCUGGCUGGAAGGGGACUAUUUUCGUCAGAAGUUAAGGCGUCCGGAGAACGGACAGCACGGAGCAGCCUUCUCCAAACUUCUCUCUGGUGUUGAUGACAUUUCCAUAAAUGGGGUCAAGAAUCAAGGCCAGCAAGAACCCGAACCGUACAGUGAUGACGACGAAAUCCAUGGAGUGACACAAGGUGAUAGACUUCGGGCCCUGAAAAGCAGAAGACAAUCAAAAACAAACGCUAUUCCUCUCACAUAUUUUCCCACUUGCCUCACCAGCUGACCCGGAUCUUUCGACUCAGUGCUCUGUUGGGAUCUCUCAAAGCGAAAUGAUCAAUUCAGACGCUCCUCCCUGAAGAGCACAGCAGCAGCAGCAUCGGGAGAGGGGCCCCUCCAGAUUGGAAGUGGUUUUUCUGACUCUUCUUUUGGUUUUGUUUGUUUUCUGACAGUUGCUAUUGAGCUGAAAGUGUAGCAUCACAAACUGGGAAAGGAGAGGAGAGAGGCAGGGUGAGAACUGUGGAGUGCGGAGGCAGGUCACCCGGGGGCUGCCUCCCGUGCCCGGCGGAGCUGGAAACUGCUUAGGUGCCAGAGCUUUUUCUGUGACCAAAUUCUGGCUUUUGAAAUAACCCAGUAACAGCUGUCUGUGUUUUCCUUCUUCCCGCUCCUCCCGCAGCCUGGUUCCUCAGAGGGAAGGAAGGAGGAGUGCUUUGCAGCACGUGCCCCUGGCGGCAUCAUGGUACUUUCCUGGCUCUGCUGCCUCUGCCCGUCCGUCUUUUAUUGUUUUUAUUUAUUUAUUAAAAUUUCUAUUUUUUGCAGAACUGAACCUUUCCUGCUCUCCCUUUCUCCCGUGUGUCUUUUCUUUGUGGUUGAUAGUGUGUUGUCUUCUCCAGAGCAUUUGUCGUUAGAAACUUACAGCAGGCGCAUACUUUUUAGCAUGUCAGUAUUUUUAUUAUGUUACCCUCCUUGUCUUUGAAAACUGCCUGUGAACGCUGUGUAAACUUUAUGGUAAAAAUCCUUUUUUUCCCCCUGUAGUCUCUCCAUUUCAAGGACUAAAACAGUCUUGCGUUAAGUGAAAACCUGUGACCAGAGGUGAAGGAAGACUGUAGGAACUGAAAACUGCGACAGAAAUUAGCACAAUUUGAAAACAAAACAAAAUUGCAAAAGCCUUAGUUGCUUUCCACCUAAGAAGUUGGUUCAAUGGAGAAAAAUGUCCACUGGAGUUUCAAUAAUGAAUUUGGAGUUUGGGUGCAAGCCAGUGACUCAAAGAAGGGCCCAGCUCUCAAGCUUAACGACAAAAAUGCUGUUGUAAAUUUAGUCUCAGGUGUAAAUACCCAAGCCCUCUGGUACCCAGAGAGCUGGCCGGUCUGUGGUGCAUGUGUGUCCCUGUGAUGGCAAUCAUUGUAGUCGCUGGCCUUCAGAAGAACUGAGGAUCUGAUGGAGGUUUUUUUAUGUAUUUAUUUUCUGUUCCCCUUGUGACCCUGUGUCAAAAUUUAUAAAGUACAAAAGGCAUUACUGAAAUGGUACUUUCUGUAAUUUGAUACUAUCUGGCUUAAUCGUCUUCACUUGACUCUUUGUAAUACUGUUGUAAUGUUAACUCUGUUAAGUACCCAAGCUGCUUGUCUUCCACCAAAGAGUGCUUUAUUAACGAGAAUCUGUGAAAACUACAUUUAAACGCUGUUGAGUGUUGUAAUACCAGGUAGUACCUUGGUAACUUAAAACUUGCAAGAGAAUAUUAAUGGUCAAAGAAGACUCAGGAGGAGAAGCUGACUUCAGAGUUGGAAGAUGUUCCAGCCAUUCCUUUCUCUGUCAAGGGACUGAAGAACUGCAACGCUGCCCAUUGUUUGGUUGCCAGUCAUACAAAUUAAAAUCGUAUUUCCUUCCAUGCCUGGAAAAAACACACUGUUGGUUUUUCCCCUUGGAAACCGCAAUUCCAAAUAAUGUUGGCUUUAAAGAAAAAAAGUUAACUGCUUUCUUAGAGUCCUUCUCUGUAACAUUGGAAUUUUUUUCCUCCUGAGAUCAGCCGAAGGCCAUUGACGUGGCCUGCGAUCUCAGUGACAGCGAUCUGCUUCUGGACCUCACCGUUGCCUUUGGUUAGGGAACACAGCUAACUCUGCAAGUGCCUUCUCCCGCAGCCGUGCUGGGACGCAGCAGAGUCUGUGCCGUGGAGCAGUUACAGACACAGAAUUGAUUUGCUGCUUAAAAAAAAAAAAAAUGGGGCCCCAAAUAAAAGAAUAUUUAGUACUCACCUCAGUUCCUUCCAUAAGAAGUGGGUGGUUUAAUGAUUGUUAACCCAUUUUUGCCUGUGCUGGGAGCGUGGAGGGCCAAGAGGUGGACAGGCAGUGGGAGCCAAAUGCCCUCCUAAGCCGCAGGGCGUGCGCCAGAUCAGUAGGCAAUUCCGUUUUAAGAAGCUGCCCUCUUCUCAAAACUGCUAGGAAUAAAAGCAGUUGGAAUAAAUAGGUUAAAGUCUUUAAUGCAAAAAGUAAUUGAAAGGCAGUGCCUCCAUUUUGGUGAACGUUAUAAGGAAGAAAGUAUAAAACUGACCGGCAUCGGGGGAGACGGAAGACGCCGUUGUCUCAGCCAAACAGACGACUCUUUCCCCACCAGGCACUACGGGGUUGGGUCAGGCCAGCCUUUAAACACCGGGGGCUGGAUCACAGAAAAACAGUGGUGUUCUGUCCCUGGAAAUGAAUGGGCACAAAGACUCACUUGCCUGUGGGAAGACCACUCUUCAAUAAGAUUUGGGUGGCAGAAGGAUCAUUCCUUUUGCUGAGACAAUAUAAAUAUUCAAACCGUGCCAUGCACAAAGCAUUGAAUUCUCAGGGCACCUCUAAUUCCCCUUACCCUUUUUAAGGCCAUCCCCUCCAUAAAUAAUCAUCCAGGUAGUUGUGAAAAUUGCGCUUCCUUCUGACCCCUUCUUAGUUUGGCUUUUCGUCCCAUCAGAACGAGUAAACAUGCAGCCGCCAUGGCUCUUGUGAGUUCUCUCCUCCCGGUGAACAAGCCGCCUGGUGUUUCGUCCAAGAAAAGGAAGGGCGUCAGCGGAACCACAGUCCUUUUUCAUUUUAUAAACUGCCUCUUCAUGUCGCCUGCUCAAGUUUCCAGCUACAAUUGCUAUCACUGUGGCGCUUUGUAAAAAUCCUUCUAUUUAACUGGCUCACUGAAAUUAGUCAUAGGAAGCUUGUGAUUUGGUGAGGAAGCAUUCCUUAUAAUAACCAAAUGACUUGGGAUGGUUUGCAUAGCAACAGUGUUAUACUUACGGGGACCACAUCUCUGGAAUCCAGGAAGUCUCUGGGUUUGAGGGAUGGAAAGUUCUUCCUGCUAUGAAUGAGAAUGGACUCUUACCCUCAACUGAAACCACAAACACCCAGAAUCUUCUGGCAUUCUGACGUAGAGUCCUCGUUACAGAAGACGUUGCUGUGGAAUUUGAAACUGUGUGUGUCAGAUGGAGAGAUUGCCUUAAGAGCCUUAAAUAGCCCUGAAAGUACACCAGGACAGUUUGCAAAUGGAAUUAUAAUUAGAAGUGAAUAUUUUUAAGUGCCCUUGAAGCUUUCUGGGGACUCAAAAUUAUCAAGAGUCGGGCACAGUCCGGACGAAGACCAUCUGCAAAACUGGGUUCCUAGAAGUACGAAUGGAUGUCGCUUUUUGUAGAACUUCGCAGGGAGCAGCACCUUGUGAGAGCAGGUGGCCUGACGUGGCCAAUGCUUCCUGGCAGCACAAGGCUCUGCCAGCCUCCAGAAUUCCCCCGUUCUGAGCUUGAUGCCCUUGGCCUGUCCUUCACCCACUCCCCGCCUCCCCCUAGCCCUCUCCCAAGGGUGAUUGCUACCUCUCUCUCUUCAUGGGCCGAGCAAAUUUUAGAGGAGUUCCCAAGCUUUGUCACGAGGCCAGUGUGCGGAUGGCCUGGGCUUGUGUGUGGCCCGAGGGCUCUCCUGGGGACUUCCCUCUUCCCAGUCACCUUCGGAGCUACAGGAGCAGUGCACUCAUUGGAUGUCUGUUCUUAACAGAACUGCUUCUCUUUCUACAUUUUAAGAAAAAUCAUUGUGUUUUAGAAAGCAGUGCUCAUCAAAAGCAACUUUUAAAACCUAUUUUAUCAUUCCUUUAAUGGUUAUCUCCCGCUGAAACUGCCCUGGGGAGGCUAGCUGCUGCUCUUCCGUUCUCCACAUCACUGAGUGGAGAUGACUCCAGAUGUGUUGAAAGACUGGACAAUUCACCUAUACUGUGUAGGAAAUUACCUCCUUAAUUACCUGGUAGAAUUGUUAGCAGACAUGUUCAGCCAAUGAUAGUAUUGCAGUUUUCUAUUAAUAAUUUGCAGACUUUUAUCUAACCUGCACUCAUGUACAGAUUAUUAAAAGUUUUAAAAUGUAACUGAUCAGUAUUAAUCAUUGUCUUGAUUUUUUUUUUUUUACAGUGUAUAUUUCUAAUCAUAUUUUUUAAAGCCAAGAGAACUGGUUGAAUGAAUGUUUAUUUUCCUGAAGGUAUUUUUAAGAUAAAGCUUCCUAAUGGCCUGUAAACUUUGCAUAUAUAUGUAGUUUGAUACAUAUUGUCACAUUUGAAAAUCUUGUGAGUUGUAACUGGUUUUAUACAAAAUAUCAAACAAUGGAAAUUGUAUAAUUAUAAUCAUGUAAUUAAAAGUGUUAACC